AUGAGAUCAGAAGUAUGGUCACAUUUGACUAAGAUACAAAGGGGGAAAAAGGUAAAAUGUAAUUACUGUGAAAAGUCUUAUGCUUGUGAUUCCAAUAAGACUAGUACUUCUGGCUUGUGGAAACACUUUAAAAAUUGCCAAGCAAAUAAGAGUAUCAAAAUAGAUGAAAGACAAAAGGUACUAGCAAGACAAUUAAAUGACAAUGAUGGUGGUGAUGGUGGCAUUGCCAAUAUUACUGUUUUGGUGUUUAACAAAGAAGCAUGUAGGAGGGCAAUGGGGAAAAUGAUUAUUGUUGAUGAAUUGCCAUUUAGCUUCAUUGAAGGUGUCGGGUUUAGAAAAUUCAUGAGAUAUGCUUGCCCUAAGUUUGAUAUUCCAUCUUGUAGAACAGUCGCAAUGGAUAUAUUGAAACUUUAUAGUGACGAAAAGGAAAUAUUGAAAGGUAAACUUAUUUCUAAUAAGCAUAGGGUGUGCCUUACAACAGAUUGUUGGACAUCAAUACAAAAUAUUAGUUACAUGGUUAUCAUGGCCCAUUUUAUUGACAAAAAUUGGGUAAUGUAUAAGAAGAUAUUGAAUUUUUCGAUGGUUCCAAACCAUAAAGGGGAAACAAUUAGAAAACUUAUUGAAACGUGUUUGCUUGAUUGGGGAAUAGAGCAUGUGUCCACAAUUACUAUUGAUAAUGCAAGUGCAAAUGAUGGGGCUAUUGUCUAUAUAAAAAAGGUGUUAAAGAAUUGGAAGGUUGAUGGGAUGGUUUUAGGUGGUUCUUUUAUGCACGUAAGGUGUUUUGCACAUAUAGUGAAUUUAAUAGUAAAUGAUGGGUUGAAAGAGUUUAAUGUGGCAAUUGCAAGUAUUAGAAAUGCUGUGAAAUAUUUUCGAUCAUCCCCUUCGAGAUUAGCGAAAUUCAAGAUUUGCAUAGAGAGGGAGAAAAUUGAAUGCAAAAAAUUGGCUAUAUUAGAUGUACCUACUAGGUGGAAUGCGACAUACUUGAUGUUAAAUAGUGCGCUUAAAUUUGAGAAAGCAUUUGAUCGCAUGGCAGAGGAAGAUGGUUUUUAUUGCAAAUAUUUUGUUGAACGUGAGAACGGGAAAGAAAGAGAAGGUCCACCUACUACAGAAGAUUGGGAAAAAGGAAGGAAGUUUGUUAAGUUUUUGAAAACCUUUUAUGAAACCACUUUAAAAUUUAGUGCAUCUUCGAGUGUGACCUCGAAUUUAUACUUUCAGCACUUGUUGAAAAUAUUUAGUGAUAGGCAAGAUCCUAUAUUAAGUGAUAUGGCAAAAAACAUGAAGACCAAAUUUGAUAAGUAUUGGGGCAGUGUUGAGAAAAUGAACAAAAUACUGAUAGUAGCCACAGUGCUUGAUCCUCGGCAUAAGUUGGAGUUUGUGGGUUGUAUUGGCCGCUUGUAUGACAAUAUCUUGGUUGAAUCGACAAAAGAUGAAAUCAAGAAUUUAUUAUAUGAGUUGUAUAAUCAAUACAAGGGAUGA